AUGGUGGGUCAGCGUGGAGCAACGGGACCUCCUGGACUAAGUGGUGCACCGGGAAACAAGGGUCCAAGAGGUAGAAAAGGCGUUCAAGGAGACCGAGGAGAUUACGGAGAACGUGGUCCACCCGGACCUGCUGGUGAGCCUGGUGCUGAUGGAGAGCCAGGAAGUGAUGGUGAAAACGGACCUGACGGAGCAACUGGAGAGGCAGGUCCACAAGGUCCACCAGGUCCCCCAGGUGAUUUGGGGACAAUGGGACCACAAGGUCCCCCUGGACCACCAGGACCGAAAGGCGCAGUGGGACUGACCGGACUAAGAGGGGAACCUGGAAAAAGAGGACCGCCCGGACCACCUGGACUAACUGGAGAAGUUGGUGGCAUUGGACCGGUUGGCGCUCCCGGAAUAAGCGGAAAUCUUGGUCGCAAAGGUCCCACUGGACAACGUGGAAGUCCAGGUCCACGGGGGAAGCCUGGACCCCCUGGUGAAGCCGGGAAGCCUGGAGCCAAAGGGCACGUGGGCUACCCCGGUUUCAUGGGACCUCCAGGUGAGCCAGGUCCGGAAGGUCCCGCGGGAACCGAAGGAAGUGAAGGACCUCCAGGUGAGCAAGGUCCAUCUGGAAAGUACGGAGAAGCUGGAGAAGCUGGAAACAUUGGCCCACCGGGGCCACCCGGUCGACCUGGUCCACCUGGAAGACGGGGGCCAGUGGGCGCAACUGGAGCGAGAGGUGCUCAGGGAGCUGUUGGGAAGCCUGGAGAGAUCGGUUUAACGGGAUCAAUCGGUUUUCCAGGCAGCAGAGGACCACGCGGAGAACCUGGAGAGCCUGGUGAAGUAGGACCGAAGGGAGAAGCAGGCCUGCCAGGAGCUUCUGGAUCCAAAGGUCACACAGGCCCUAGAGGAGAUUCUGGGCGUCCAGGUGAAGCUGGAAAAGAAGGGAGACCUGGAAAGCAGGGUGAGCCGGGCCCCAAAGGCACACCUGGAGGAAAGGGACCUGUCGGACUACCAGGUCCACCUGGGCUUGAUGGUCCGAUGGGUUAUCCUGGUGAUCAAGGACCUCGAGGUACACCUGGUCCAAUAGGUGAACGUGGUCCCAUGGGUGCUCGAGGCAAACGUGGAGAUCGAGGAGAUCCUGGAGAAGUUGGACCUGUUGGUCCGCCUGGACGUGAUGGUGACCCAGGUCCGCCAGGGCCUCAAGGAAUAAUGGGACCUAUGGGCCCCCCAGGACCACCUGGACAGGUAGUAAGUAUGCAAGCUCGGGCAUCGAGGACUAAAGGGUGGAUGUUCAGUGACGAAAAGGCGAUUCGACGGCGAUUCGGCCCCAUUGCUCCUGCCGAUCCUCAAGGAACACAAGAUGCACCUGCAAGAACAUGUGCCCAGAUGUUUUCCAAGUUCCCUAACAAACCUGAC